GGAGCUUCGGGGACUUAACUGCGAGCUGAGCCCAGCCCAGCCCAGCCCAGCCCAGCCGCUGGUGCAGCUUGUCCAGCUCGUCCAGCCCGAGCCAUGGCCCGACGCGGACUGCUUUGGUUGCCACUGGUGCUCUGUGUCGCCUCAGUGAGGGCCAACAGCAAGGUGUUUGGUGAUACCGACCAGGUUCAGAUGACGUCCGAGGGCUCAGACUGCCGCUGCAAGUGCAUCCUGAGACCCCUGAGCAAGGACGCCUGCAGUCGUGUCCGCAGUGGAAGCAUGAGAGUGGAGGACUUCUACACGGUGGAAACUGUGAGUUCUGGGGCUGAUUGUCGCUGUUCCUGCACGGCGCCACCUUCUUCCCUCAACCCCUGCGAGAAUGAAUGGAAGAUGGAAAAGAUCAAGAAACAGGCCCCAGAACUCUUCAAGCUCCAGUCCAUGGUCGACCUCCUGGAAGGGACAUUAUACAGUAUGGACCUGCUGAAAGUCCACGCCUACAUCAACAAAGUAGCCUCUCAGAUGAACACCCUGGAAGAGACGAUUAAGACAAAUCUUAGCCGGGAGAAUGAUUUCAUGAAGGAAAGCGUGGCCCACCUGACCCACCAGAUGAAACGUUAUGAGAACUACUCAGACAUCAUGAUGAGUAUUAAGAAGGAGAUUUCCAGCCUGGGCUACCAGUUGCUACAGAAGGAUGCAGCUGCUGGCCCUGAGAGCAAAGCCCAGGAGACAGCUGGUGGAAAAGGCAGAGAAGCCAGCAAAUAUUCUGGAGUCAAGAAAAACUUUGGGGACAAGGCUGUCCCAAGGCCUCCCAAAGACAAGCUUCUGAAGGUGGAGAAGGUGAGGAAAGACACUGUGAAGAGCAAAGCCCUGCAGGCCACAGCUAGGCCCCGGGCCCUCCCACACCAGCAAGCUGUGAUCCGAGGCAUCACCUACUACAAAUCCACAAAGCAGGAAGAGGUGAAGGAUGCAGCUGAAAACACCCUCAAGGGAAUAGUAACAGGGGUGGAGCAGCAGGAAACCAGGCCAGAAGGAAGACACCUGGAACCCAACUCCGAUGAGCAAGAGGAAGUAGAGGCUACAGAUGAAGGAGACCCCACCCCUGGCCCUCCUUCAAGCACUACCACCCUUCCCACCACCGUGGUUGCUAGCACCACCACCACCACCACCACUACCACCACCACCGCUACCAGUAGCCCGUUGGUCACCAUACUAUCCAUUGGAUACAAUGCUGAAGGCCCCAAUGGGUCAGAAAGUCUGAAUCAAGUCAAAGAAGUGGGGUGUGAAGGCACCAUCAAGUCUGUUGAUCCCCCUGUGAAGCAGCACAGUUAUGGGCGGAAUGAAGGUGCUUGGAUGAAGGACCCUACAGCCCGGGAUGACAAAAUCUACGUCACUAACUAUUACUAUGGGAACAGUUUGGUGGAGUUCCGUAACCUGGACAACUUCCAACAAGGCCGCUGGAGUAACAUGUACAAACUCCCGUAUAAUUGGAUCGGGACGGGUCAUGUGGUGUUCCAGGGGGCUUUCUAUUACAACCGAGCCUUCACCAAGAAUAUCAUCAAAUACGACCUCCGGCAGCGCUAUGUGGCAGCCUGGACCCUGCUCCCAGACGUGGUGUAUGAGGACACUACCCCGUGGAAGUGGCGAGGCCACUCUGACAUUGACUUUGCUGUUGACGAGAGUGGCCUGUGGGUCAUCUACCCCUCAGUGGACGAGGGCGGCUUCUCCCAGCAGGAGGUGAUUGUGCUGAGCCGGCUGGAUCCUGGCGACCUGUCUGUGAGGCGGGAGACCACUUGGAAAACCCGACUGAGGCGCAACUCCUAUGGGAAUUGCUUCCUCGUCUGUGGGAUCCUGUAUGCUGUGGAUGUCUACAACCAGAGAGAAGGGCAGAUCUCCUAUGCCUUUGAUACUCACACCAACACUGAUGCCUACCCCAAACUGCCUUUCCUCAAUGAGCACUCCUUCACUACCCAGAUUGACUACAACCCCAAGGAGAGGGUCCUCUAUGCCUGGGACAAUGGGCACCAGGUCACCUAUACCCUCCAUUUCGUGGUCUGAGGGAAGCAGGGGUCUUCUCUCCCACCACAGUGGGAAGCACCUUUGGGCAACCCCCACCCCCCAAGGCAUAGAGGAGGAGGUCACAGGUGAUGGGUGGGUGCCCCCUCUGCGAUUAUUCAUGAUGGCCCCCAUACCCACAGAGCAGGGGAACAUUGGGAUUAUUUCUGGGGCUGCCCAGAUUGGAGCGGUGUUACUGGAGUUGGGGAGAGAGAGACAGAGCAGAGAGUGGGGUACACUUUACAGAAGACUUGGAAUAGGCUUCACCUAUCCUUAAAAGCUUUCUAGAACUAGACCCCCAUCCUCUCUCUCUCUUUUCCUCUUUUCCCCUUCUAUUGUCUCUUCAUUCUUGAAACAAAAGUCAGUUGUUCUUGUGUUCCCAGGGGACCUCCUGCAACCAGAACCAGGGGACAGGGCACUGUAGCAAGGGAACAAGAGAAUCCUUGAUCCUGUGUUGAAAGGACCCUUUGAGGUCAUCUAGUCCAAACUGACCCUUUACUGAGAGGCCUCUGAGGGCUGAAAUGGUUUGCUCUCUUUAGCAGAAGUCAGGGGUCACUGUAAUUUCCUACCUGGAUAAAUGCAUAUGAUUAUAUAAAAUUAAAUAUAUGAGACUACAGUACUUCAAAGACCUGGGAUGCUCUUGGCAUAGCUGCUCUUUCUACCAGCAUAGGUUCUAACCAGCCUCAGGCCCCACCCCCAAGGGUGGCCAACCUUCUGUGUAGGAGCCCCCUCUGCCCUCUGCUAGGCCAGCUGGCCUUCAAUGGCAGAUGCACACUAGCACUGGGCUAUCCCACCAGAACUUGACUUCAUGGGCGUGGCCCAGGAGAUCCAGCAUCACCUCCACAUCAUGAGCAUGUGUCAGAGGAGGAAACAUCACUAGAUUACAAUUAUGUGUAUGUGUCUGUGUACAUAUAUACACACGCAUAUAUAUGCACAUAUGUGUGUAGGUAUACAUAGCUUAAAGGCAAGCAGAGGGAAUGAGAAAGCAUUCUUGGUUUGUCUUUUUCUCCCUACUUGUCUACCCAAGAAGUAGUCAUUUCCCCAGGUUUAGUUUAAUUUAAUUUAAGGUAGUCUAGCUUAGAGGAAAGAGCAUUAAUUAUGGAAUCAAAAAGCCUAAGUUUCACAAUUGGUUCUGAUACUUGCUUGGUGAAAGACUUUGUUCAGAUCAGGUUCCUUCUCUCUGGGCCUCCGUUUCCUCCUCUAUAAAACAAGGGUGUUGGACUACAUAACGUGUAAGUAUUCUUCUGGCUCUAAGUCCUAUGAUUUAUUGAACAGGGAUGGAUGGCCUGGACUAGAUGCAAGGAGCCCUGUUCAUGCCUCAGCUGGGGGCCCUGGGUUCAAAUCCUGACUUUGUGACUGACUACCAGUGCAGGCUCAGACGAAUCCCUUCCCCUCUGCUGGCUUCAGUUUCCUUCUUUGUGAAAAUGAGGGGAUUAGAUUAGAUGACCUCUUGAGUCCCUUCCAACUUUAAAUCUUGUGUUCCUAUGGUCUUAUUUCAGUUCAACAAAUAUUAAGUGUCUUCUGUAUGCAAAGAGGGGCCUGGUUUAGGGAACAGUUCCCCUUCCUUGGUAAACCUGGGCUCUGUUUAGCCUCAGGCCUCUUCAGGCUGCUCUGAUCUAAAUUCAGGCCCGUGGCUUCCUCAUCUCUUGGGAUGCUGUUGUACACUGUCUGACACACAUUCCAUCCCUCCACAGUCACCCACGAGCCGGCCUGAAAUCAAAUACCAAGAAAACAUGAGAACUUGUUCCAAGGUCCUCUCCCUUUCUUCUGCACUGAUUUUUCUUUUGUAAUUCAUAAAUGUUGUCAUCUAUUUCUGCGGUCGUGGCCCAAGAAUGCUGUAAGUGCUUGUGUGCCAGGAAAUGUCGGGAGGGGUACACUGUUUCCAUCAGCUCGUUCCCUCCUCUCCCCGCCUCCCAGCCCCCACAAUUCUGGCCCAGCCUGAGGCUCCCUCCCACGGCAGAAAUGCUUGCUUUGGCCAAAUGCCUGAUGUCUUUGCCCUCCACCCCCCUCACUCCCCUCAUCCCCCGCUUGGUGUCACACAGUAGAGGAUCCUGGCAGCUUUCACAGUGUCCCCAAACUCAGGUUCCCAGAGUGCACCUGUUCUAGACAUAUCCUCCCCUGUGUAUGACCUUUGACAAGUCAUUUCUCCGGGCCCCAGUUUCCUCAUCUGUAAAACAGGGGACUUGGACUAUGUGACCUUUAAAGUCCCUUCUAGCUCUAAACCCUAACACAUUGGGCAUUUUGAACAAGCUUUCUACACACUCAGGGAAACUUGCAUCAGACAAAUCACUUGUCCCAAACCAUACUGAGAACCAUGACCUUUACUGUUUGUCAGGUAUUGGUCUGAAUAUAGGCUGACCCUUCUCCAAAUACAGGCUAUGUUCUUAAAAUUAGACAUUUCUGGAGGAAUAAAGAGCAAUGAGCAAUGGGUGGAAGUUAGGGAAACAGCUCAACAGAAGGAAAAAACCUCUUACCAGUUAAAUUAGCUGAGUGGAAUGGGGUGCUUCUAGAGGUAGUGACUGAGUACCUCAUCACUAGAAGGCUGUGGGUAAAGCUUGGGAAGCCAAGUUGUCAGGGAUACAGGACAAGGGAUUCCCAAUGAGGUGCCUGUUGGAUCCGAUGACAUGGGAGGACCCUUCCAGCUCAAAAAUUCUGGAAUUAGAUAGUAUGGCGUAUAUUCAGACCAGUACUGUGUGUGCAAAGAGCGACUUCAUCCAUCCUUCCGAACCCCGCCCCCCCCCACCCUAGUUCUGCUGGAUUCAGUAUGGACCAUCAGCACCGAGACAUCCUAUGUGAUUUGUAUCUCCAUGGCUGGAGUCCCAGACAGCAGGAGUCCUGAACCCUUCUGAUCUGGGAGGAGCUUUGUAUCUGGUCUGUGGCAGGCGAAGGCUUUCCAAAGGCAAAGAGAAGACCUGUUACUGGUCAGAGACAGCUAGGGGUUGUGAGCAAGAAAAAAUGGAGGAAGGUUGUGAGGAAGAGGAGGGCAGGCUUUUCUCAAAGGAUACCAGCCCUGAAGGCUCUCUCCUCAAGAGAAGAAUUGUCCAAUGGGAGAACCACAGUCAGGUCUGAAGGAAACCACUGGUUGGGGAGUGGAAAUAGUCUUGGAUUGGGAAUGUAGGGACCAGAAUCUGGGUGCUGCUACUAACUGACCAUGUAACCUCGAACAAAUCACUUCCUUCCCUCCUCCUAAUUUUUUCUCUUUUUUAAAUGGAAGAGGUUGACUAGCUGUGUGACCCUGGGCAAGUCACUUAACCCCAAUUGCCUUACUAAAACAAAAACAAAAAACGAAAAAACAAAUAAAUGGAAGAGAUUGGAUUAGAUCAUCUUUAAAGUUCUUUUCAGUUCUAAUAUUUUAUGAUCCAGUGUUCUAUCUUCUAAGAUUUCUUCUAGCUAUUGUGUUCUAUGUUCUAGGAGCUCUUCAUGCUGGGGUGAAAUCUUGGCAUGAAAUCUCCCUUGUAGGUCCCCUUCUCUCUACUCACUUGGCUACUACUCUAGUUCAGGCCCUAAUCACCUCUUGCUUGGAGAAUUGCAAUAAUUUAUUGUUCCUCCUUGCCUUAACUCUCUCUCCAACACAAUCCAUCCUCUACCCAGCCACCAAAGUGAUUUUCCUAAAGUUCAAAUCUGGCCUUUUCCUGCCCCCCUACAGGCCCCCCCAAAACCCACUAGUGAUCCCCUAUUAGCACUAGGAGGAAAUAUAAAUUCCACUAAGUUGCAUUUGGGCAACUAGGUAGUGCAGCGAAUAGAGCACUAGGCAUGGAGUCAAGACCCAAGUUCAAAUCCAGACUCAGAUACUCAAUAGCUGUAUGACCCUGGGCAAGUCACUUAGCAAACCACUCCAAUAUAUAUAUAUAUUUUUUUUUUCCCAUGAGGCA